UGCAUAUGCAUUGUAGUUUGUAGUUGUCAUGCGGGAGACCAGGAGAAAUGGCGGACGAGAAUGAGGAUCAAUGGUUGUACGGGGACUCUACAGAUGGAAAGGAAUACACACCGGUAUCCGUGCCACCGGAGAGUCAGGAAAAUGAUUCAGCACCCGUUGCAACCGAGGAAAAGUCUGAAAAUUUGGAGGAUCAAAAGGCCGAACCUACUCCUGAUCCAGCGUCAGAGGCACCUGAAGAAACAGAACCACAAGAAGAAGAAUCUCCUUCAGCUGACAAUACACAAAACGAUAAUAACGCAGACGUAACCAAAAAUGGUGUCAGAGAACCAUCCAGUCAAGAGGAUGGCGAAGCAGCCAGUGACUCAGAUUCUGACGACGAUGUCCAUGUUGUCAUUGGUGACAUCAAAUCCACCCCUGCUUAUGGUAGCCUUAACAUUAAAAGGGGAGGAUUGCUCACGAACGCGUCUGGAGUACCAGACAAAUUAAACAAGCAGCCCGGAAAGUUCAGUAUAGACGAAUUCGAGACAAUAGGUGUCAUCAAUGGCAUGCCCGCUCAUGAAUUCAACUUAGAUCAAUUAGAAGAUAAACCUUGGAGACAGCCUGGAGCUGAUAUUACGGAUUAUUUUAAUUACGGUUUCAACGAGGAAACGUGGAGGGCAUAUUGUGAAAGACAGAAGAGAAUGAGGAGUGAAUCGGGUGUAGGUUUAAUAUUGAACGCGGGAGGAGGUGGUGGUGGAAAUGCCGGUAGCAUGAGGGUACCUCAGGUGGCAAUCACCAAUGACAACAGUAAAUACUCGGGUAUAAUGGGGCCUAAGAGGGCAGGACCACCUCCGGGAAGGAAGAUGGCAGGAACGAUAGAUGUAAUUGGUAGUUCAGGUCUGGCCUCGAGAAGGAAUCUGGACAAAUCUCCGCCAAAAGGAAACGUGAUACAAGUUAUGACUGCAGAUAGGAGAGAGUACUCCAGGAAACCAGGUUUUCCAGACAUGAGUGUGCCUCCUCCAGGAGCCGGUAUGCCACCUGCGUUCGACAUGCCUCCUCCCGGAUAUCCUGGAGAACUCGCUCCCUUCUACAUGCCAGAAACGGAUCCCUAUUAUCAGAGCUACGAGCCUACACAGGAUAACCAAUGGGGCACUGAUCCUACAUGGCAGCCCACGAAUUUAGCCAUUCCAAUGACAGAGGGGGAGGAUGAUAAGGAUACCGGUCCUAAGACUAUACCUACCAUGGUACCACCUACGAAUAUUCCGCCUUUGAUACCUCCCAGGGAUUCAAGAGAUCGCGAGAGGGAUCGAGAGAGAGAAAGAGAUCGCGAUAGAGAACUAGAUUCCAUGGGAAGGGACAGAGAACGGGACAAGGACAGAGAGCGGGACCGCGAAAGGGAAAAGGAUUCCAUGAUCCGGGAACGAGACAGAGAAAGGGACUCGAUGUCGCGAGACGAAGAGAGAGAUCGCGACAGGUCUCGAUCCCAGUAUCGUCACAAAGAGCGGCAUCGACAUCGAUCGCGAUCCCGGUCUCGAAGGCAUAAAUCUCGGUCCAGAAGUCCGAGUCGACGUAAGAAGAAAUCACGACGUUCUGAAAGAGAACGUUCCAAGGAAGAAAGCGAAUAAAAACUGGAGUCCUGUAAUCUAAGAACAUCGAUGACCACAUCGACGCGUUAAACGUCGUCGGUUGUACAAUUUUUUGCUAAUGUAAAGUUGUCCCACGAGUCGUAGCCGACAGUACAUGCCGCUACGGCUGUCUUUAAUUUACCUCUGAUCUUUUCGUUCAUGUCGUAUAUACAGUUUUUAGCCGGCGAAUGAAUUAUAGAGAACAACAAUAAACUUUAUCUUUAACGACA